AGUUUUGAACUUAAUAUGUAUUAUUGUAUUACUACUAAAUUAAUUGUUAUCAUUUGCGUAGUCUUAAUUUUUGUAUAAUAGUUUUACCUAAAUAGAUAUUUUAGGUUAUCCGACAAUCUGUAAAUAUAUAGUGGCAGUUGUAAAUAAGAAGUCGUACUUCAAUAACACUAUGAAUCCCAAGAGUCCAGAAGCCAGAAAACGUGAAGGAAAUCCGUUUGAUGGUCUCAUUAUCGAAAAUACAGAAAUUCUUGACAAUGUCGAAAGUAGAAGUGCCUGUACUAUCUGUGGAAAAUCACGAAUGUAUUUUUGCUACACUUGUUUUGUUCCCGUUUCGCAGUUAGCCAGUCGUAUCCCUAUCUGUGCUUUACCAAUUAAAAUUGAUAUCAUUAAACAUCGUAGAGAAAUUGAUGGAAAAAGUACUGCCGCACAUGCAGCCGUAUUAGCGCCUGGUCAAGUUCGUGUUUUUACUUAUCCAGAAAUACCUGAAUAUGACAUCAAAAAUGGCAAAACAGUUUUACUAUAUCCUGGAGCAGAAGCUGUUCCUGUAUCCAAUCUAUUUUCCGGAAGACAACCUUUAAAUACAUAUUCUCAAAAACUACUUUCACAAUUACCCCCAGGGUAUAAUGUAGGUACUUUAAUGACAAAAACAUUGGAAGAAGUAGAAAACUUAGAAAUAUAUCAUGUAAGCCAAUGGCCAGUUGACCGUGUUAUUUUAAUAGAUAGUACAUGGAAUCAAAGUCGUGGUAUAUAUGCAGAUGAAAGAUUACAAAAAUUACCUAAAAUAGUGCUAAAGAAGAGACCAUCACAAUUUUGGCGACAUCAAAAAGGAAGUCCUCGUUGGUAUCUUUCAACAAUUGAAGCAUUACAUCAGUUAUUAUUAGAACUGCAUUUAUGUGCAUGGGGUCGCAGUGAAACAUAUACAUCUCAUCUCACUUUGCAGUAUCCAAUACAUAGGCCACACAACAAUGACUCUUAUUGUGUGCCUUAUGCUGGCCAGUAUGACAAUUUACUCUUCUUUUUUAAAUUUUUGUAUGAAAAGCUACACAAACUUUAUGAUUCAGAAAAUUUGUUAGCAUAUAAGAGACCUAUGACAUAAUUUUUUUUAAUUAUAAAAUUACAAUGUGAAAAAAAGUAUUUCGCAUAAUUAUUUAACAAGUCUUACACCUCAACUAGCUAGUUCAAAAGUUACUUAACAACAAAAGCAAUAUUACUUCUGUUGCUAAUAUUAGCAGCACUCAUUCACACAAAUAAUCCUAAAUGGGGAAGUGACAUGUCUUUCAAUCUGCUGAAUUAUUGAGCCAUCAAUGGGUAAGGAUAAUUUUUCUUAAAUUAAAAGAUUUACAUAAAAGCACGGCCAGAUUUAAUACAAAUGAAAAUCAU